AUGGCGGCUGAGUCUCUGCGGGGUGGGGCUCUGUCUGAGGACUGUUUUCAAAGUACUGUAGCUCCAUGUGACUGUAACAACACCAACAAACAAUGGACAGGAAACAGAAUCUAAACCGAGCCGAGACCUUCUCCUUUGUCAACCCCUGGAUCAGAUAUUUUCUCUUCUUCUUCAGCUUCUUAUUUUGGGUUUUCUCCUUGUUGAUUGUUGCCAUCGGGGUGUAUGCUAAAGUCCAGAAAGCUACAGACACGGUGCGGGACACGUUCCUGAUCGACCCGGCUGUCAUCCUAAUUGUGGUGGGGGUGGUCAUGUUCUUCAUCACUUUCUGUGGUUGCAUCGGAGCCCUCCGAGAGAACAUUCGCCUUCUCAAGACAUUCUCCUUCAGCCUAACAUUGGUCUUCCUUACCCAGCUGGCCAUAGCAGUUAUGGGCUUCUUCUACUCUGAUCAGACUCGUGAUGCUUUGGGAAAGUUUGUGAAGAAAGCCAUCGUGCACUACAGGGAUGACCUGGAUCUGCAGAACCUGAUGGAUUACAUCCAGAAAGAGUUCAAAUGUUGUGGGUGGAACAACUACACCGACUGGUCUUGGAACCUGUACUUUAAUUGUACAGAUGAGAACCCCAGCUCCGAGCGCUGUGCUGUGCCUUACUCCUGCUGCACUCCUGUUUCUGGAGAGACAGUUAUCAACACUAUGUGCGGUUUUGGGAUUCAAACCCAGAACUUUCUGGAGGCAAACAAGUCAAUCUACCCGGUAGGCUGUGCGGACAAAGCAGUGAUGUGGAUCGAGUCUCAUCUGUUGCUGGUGGGGGCUCUCGCCCUUGGUCUGGCCUUGCCUCAGAUUGCAGGCAUCGUGCUGUCCCAGAUCCUGAUCUCUCAGAUCCAGGAUGAGAUUAUCUCGGUGUUGUGAGAGCAGGCCGACGAAGGGGAAGAGGAGGGAAGAAAAGAACUUGCAGUGCUCCGCUCGGCUAGUCUGAUAUGUGCAUCUUUUUUACUGCUACUGUAUCACUGCGACAUUGGAGUUCUUUUCACAUUAUUUUUGUGCUGUUGCCUACAAGCAUAACAUUGUGGUGCACAGGUAGUCAUCACAUGCAAAAUGCAUGCAAAAAGUGUAUAUUUAAUGGUAGUGCACAUGUUUUUUUUUUUUUUUCUUUUUAGAGGUUUGCUAAUAAAAUUCAAAAGAAGAAAGUUACGUUGCUCUACAAUGAUUAGGGAUGUCAGUUAUGUUAGCUAAAAUUAUGAUCUCACAAGUAUGUAAUUUAAGGCUUUUAAUCAUGCAAAUUGGCAACAUGUUUUUUAAUAUUGGCUCAUAAUCUUGUGAAAUAUGCAAAUGUGUUCACUUACAAAGCUUAAAAAGGUCCCAAAUCUAAAAGGGCACUGAGCUCUACAUUGAAAAGAGAGUUGUAUAAAAGAGUUUCAAAUGUAUUGGCCAGUGCCAGGUUUCUACCAGUUGGUAAAGGAGUCUCCUAAAGCUAACCACUGGCAUAUCAGAUUAUGGUGUUGUUUGAUGUUUCUUGCAUGGGAACCGCUCCGCGCACCUUGCAAUGCAGUCUAGUUGUGAAGAGCCAAGGCUCUCUGCAUCAGCCGCUCAGUCAGAGGGGAGCUUGGCCUCAUGGCAUCGCGCUCCACCAGAAGACAUCUGUGAUAAUACAAAGACAUGAACACAGAUUUGAGACAAGCUAAGGCAAGCUGAGAGGCUAACCUGAUCAAUAAUGAAAGUAUAACAUGGAGUACAGACAGGGGAUGUUUGUUACAUUAUGGGAUCAUGCAGCUUGUAUUCUAUAUGAACAUGGAAAGACGACAACAAAAGAAAACUUGAGUGGAGCCCCAACCGCAACUACACUGUAUGAUGAUGAAAUCCAGGGCUUCAAAUAGUGCAAGACUUUUCUUUUUUCUCCUAUAAUCUCUCAGCAGACUUUCACAUACAAACACGGAAGACACACAGCACUGAAACUGGAGAAGAUUAAAGCAUUCUGUUUGGCCUGAAAUCCCUGUUGUGCAUUACCUUCCUAGUUUCUGAUGGUGCUUAUUCUCCGAUUUCAUUGUUGCAUGAAUGAGCAGUUGGUUGAAGAUAUCCCUCUGUGAACAGUGGACAAAUGUAGACAUAAAAUGAUAAAACAUAACCCUGUUCCAACACUGUA